CCAUCAGUCAGUCUCUUUCAUUUCUUCGCCCGCAAAAUCAUUUCGAAAGGAAAAAAAUUUCAAAAGGAGCGAAAUUCUCUCUGAUUUUCGUUUAUGUGGAAAAAUUUAUGCCAUUGCGACUGAAACGGCAUGUCGUCGAAGGGGAAAGGGAAGGCGAAGGAGGUGUUCUCCGGGAAGCGGAAGAGCAGCGGAGCCGAGGAGAGCCGUCGGAAACGGAAGAACCCGGGAGUCCUUCAGUUCUUUGAAGACGCUGCUGGCGUUGAUCACAAUGACGCCAGCGAUGACAGCGAUAUCGAUAAUUAUUUUAUGGAAGAAGAACUAGAUCUUAAUGUAAAUAUUGAAGCUGGAAAAACCCAUAACCUUCCAUUUGUUCCCAAGGAAGAGGUGAUUGAGGAAGAGUUUGAUAAAAUAAUGGAGGAGCGAUACAAGGAUGGUGCUGGGUUUGUGACAUAUGCUGAAGAUUCUUAUGAAGCUAAGGGAUCAAUUGAUAGAAACUCUGCUUUGCCUUCUUCCAAGGAUCCAACCAUAUGGAAAGUUAAAUGUGUGGUUGGACGUGAAAGGCAUUCAGCUUUCUGUCUCAUGCAGAAGUUUAUUGAUAUGAGAUCGCUGGGCAAUAUAUUACAGAUAAUAUCAGCAUUCUCUGUAGACCACGUUAAGGGUUUUUUCUACAUUGAAGCCGACAGACAAUGUGAUAUUAAUGAGGCUUGUAAAGGACUGACUUACAUUUAUUCUUCUCGAGUGGCGCCAGUUCCAAGCAAUGAAGUUUAUCAUUUGCUCUCUGUCAGAACUAAACGUAGUGAAGUCUCUGAGGGCAUGUGGGCUCGGGUAAAGAAUGGGAAGUAUAAGGGGGACCUUGCCCAGGUUGUGGCUGUAAAUAAUGCACGGAAAAGAGCAACAGUAAAACUCAUUCCAAGAAUUGAUCUGCAGGCGAUGGCUGCAAAAUUUGGUGGUGGAGUUUCCAUCAAGAGGAAUGUUACACCAGCACCAAAAUUGAUAAGUUCAAGUGAACUCGAGGAGUUUCGGCCUCUCAUUCAGUAUAGGCGUGACCGUGACACUGGCAUUGGUUUUCAGAUACUUGAUGGCAUGAUGCUCAAGGAUGGAUAUCUUUAUAAAAGAGUAUCUAUAGAUUCAUUAAGCUGCUGGGGGGUUAUGCCUACAAAGGAGGAGCUCCUGAAGUUUAGCCAUUCUGAUAAUAAUGAAUCUGAUGAUCUGGAGUGGCUUUCACAGCUUUAUGGUGAAAAAAAAAGAAAAAAGAACAUCAAAAUUGAUAAAGGAGGUGAAAAAGGAGAGGGCUCAAUGGGGUCUGGCAUGGAGAAUAGCUUUGAUCUGCAUGAUCUUGUCUGUUUUGGCCGGAAAGAUUUUGGUCUUAUUGUUGGCAUGGAAAAAGAUGAUCAUUACAAGAUUCUAAAAGAGACUUUAGAAGGACCUGUUGUAGUAACUAUUGGACAGCAUGAGUUAAAGAGUGGACCCCUGGAUACAAAGUUUACUGCUUUGGAUCAGCACUCAAAGACUAUAUCCAUUAAUGACACUGUCAAGGUCUUGGAAGGUCAACAUGAGGGUAAGCAAGGGAUGGUUAAACAAAUCUAUAGAGGGACCAUAUUUUUGUAUGAUGAAAAUGAGACAGAUAAUGGUGGUUUUUUCUGCUGUAAAUCACAAAUGUGCGAGAAAGUCAAGCAAUAUUUUGAUGCAUGCAAUGAGAAGGGUGGUGAGCCUGGUACUUCUGGCUUUGGGGAUUUCAUGUCAUCUCCUAAAUCCCCAUUAUCGCCUAAAAAGCCUUGGCAAGAAAGGGAAACUAGAAGUGAUUUCAACAGGGGGAACAGAGAUGGAAUGUUCUCCAUUGGUCAAACCUUAAGAAUUCGAGUAGGCCCUUUGAAAGGAUACCUUUGCCGUGUCUUAGCUGUGCAUUAUUCAGAUGUUACUGUGAAGCUGGAUUCUAAGCAGAAGGUUCUAACAGUUAAAAAUGAGCAUCUUGCUGAGGUCCAAGGGAAGAGCUAUGCUGCAAAUACAAGUGAACAUGAUGGGUCAAAUUCAUUCAAACCAUUUGAACUUGGAACGGAAGGCUCCUCUAGAGAUUGGUUGGAUAGAGCAGGAACAUCAGCUGAGGAUGGUGGGUCCAAUGGUGAAAGGAGCUCCUGGCCUAGUUUCUCUGGGCCUGGCACUUCGCACCAGGCUGAACCGAAUCAUUCAAAUCUAUUUGGUUCUGAGGAUACUGAUCUGAAGAAAGAUGGUGAAGAUUCUGCCUGGGGGUGCAAGGUGACUUCAAACCAGAAUGCAUCUUGGGGUGCAGCAGUUUGUUCUGGGGAUAAUGAUAAAAAAACAGAUGAUGCAUGUACUGCUUGGGAAAACAAGGCGACUACAAAGCAGAAUUCAGCAUGGGCUACAGGUGGCAGUGAUCAAGUUGAUAAUUGGGACAGUUGGAAUAAAGCUGCUGCCAAGACUGACUCUGGCAGUGGUGCAUCUGAUGCUUGGGGUAAAGCUAUAACCUCUAGUGGAGAUCCAUCAGGUGCUUCAAAAGAUGUUGGAGGCAGCUGGGGUCAAGCAAAACUUAAAAUUGGAAAUCCUGCUGAUUCCUCAAAUAUCACCUCUUGGGAGAAAGAUAAAAAUAUGAAUGUUGGUGAUGACAGUUGGAAAAAGUCAGAAAGUUGGGAUAAAGGAAAGAAUGUCACUCAAAACUUAUCUGGUGUGUGGGACAAUGCAGCUGCUAAAAAGAAUCAACCAAAUUUGUGGGGCAAAGGUAAAGAUGUGGUUGAGGCAGGAUCAUGGGAGAAGAAUGGAAACUCAAGUGUUAGACAGGGCCAUUGGAACAAUAAUGCUUUAGGAUCAAAUCAACGAGAAAGUUGGGGUAAAAAGAAUGAUGCUGGUGGUAGCGAAGACAAUACUUGGGGUAAAGCUGCAGAGAAGUGGAGCAAUAAAGAUGAUUCUGGUGGAAGCAAGGGAAACUGGGGAAGCUCAACACUUGCGGCAGAAAAUGCAAAGGGAGGUUGGGGAAGUGCAGGUGCAUGUUUGACCAAACCAGAAGCAGUGAGCACUGAUGAAUCUAGCGGCUGGAAGAAAGCCAAUGAUUUCAGUGGGAAUCAAACUACGAACUGGGACUGCAAGAAAGAUGCAAGUGAAUGUGCAACAGGUUGGACAAAAGGUGGAUCCCAUGAGUCUGAUGGCUGGAAUAAAGGAAAGGUCGCUGAUGGAGGAACUUCCUGGGGCAAACAUGAUGGAGGUGAACAACUUGGGGGAUCUUCAUGGGGUGAACAACCUCUUGGAAAUGCAGAGAAUGAUUCCAAGGGCUGGAAGAACCAAAAUGAUGGUUGGAAUAAACCAAGAAGUUCUGGCAGGGAUCAGGGAUCUGGUGGGUGGGACAAGGGAAAGAUGGAAAGCAAAGAUGGUAAAGCUCCUCAGGGUUCUGGUUGGGGUAAGGGAGGCAAUUGGAACUCUAAUUCUGAUGGAGCAAGCCGGGGUUCUAAUUGGGCUAGGAAAGCUGAUCCACAUGUAGGAUCUGGUGAAGCAACUCAAGAUUCUAUUUGGGGAAAGAAAAGUGAUUGGAACUCAGGAUCUGGAGAUAUGAACCAGGAUUCAAACUGGGGUAAGAAAAGCAGUUGGGAUGCUGGUUGGAACUCUGGUUCUGGUAGUGCAAACCAGGAUCCCAGUUGGGCUAAGAAAAAUGAUUUGGAUUUUGGAUCUGGUGAUGCAACCAAAGGUUCUGGUUGGGGAAAGAAAAGUGACUGGAACUCAGGAUCUGGGGAUGCAAACCAGGAUUCAGGUUGGAAGAAGAGAAGUGAUUGGAACUCUGGAAAUGGAAAUGAAGACCAAAAUGUGACUUUUACUAGUAGGGGAAGUGGUGGAAAUUGGAGGGGAGGUUUUGGUGGUAGGGAUAGUUCAGGUAGAGGCUUUAGAGGUAGGGGGAAUGCAGACAGAGGAGGUUUUCGGGGUAGAGGUAGAUCAGAUAGAGGGGGUUUUCGGGGUGGAGGUGAUGGAGGCUAUGGUGGUAGAAGUGGUGACAGGGGAGGCUUUGGUGGUAGAGGACGUGGAAGGAGGGAUCAAAAUGGGGGUUGGAACAAUGGUGAUUCUGGUGAAGAUAAGUCUUUCAGCUGGAACAAAGAGGCAAACAACAGUGAAGGGUGGAAAAGUAAUAAUGAAGUGAAGUGUAACCAAGGCUGGAAUGGUAGAACAGGUCCCGGAGAUAAAGCUAAGACUUGGAAUCAAUCAAAUGCUGAUCAAGGAGGCCAAUCUUCCAUUUGGAAUCAAUCGAAUGAUGUAAAACAAGGUGGCUGGAAUAAAGGCACUGGUUCAACUAAUGAAGCAGAUGGGAGUGAGGAUAACAACUGGAAGUCUUCCAGUUCAUCUGCUCGAACCAAAUGUUCUAGCUGGAACCAUCCAACAGGCAGCAAGGAAAUUAAUGAAGGUAACAAUCAAGGACCUGGCUCUGCUGGAGGCUCGGAUAACCAAGGAUCAGGCUGGAACAGAGGAGCAGGCUCUGGAGAUCAAGCUAGGACUUGGAAUCAAUCAAAUGCUGCCGAUGGAGGCCCAUCUUCUGGUUGGAAUGAGUCAAAAGAUGUAGAAGAAACUAGCGGGAAUCGAGAUUCAUGGGGUAAGGCAGCAUCAAGUUCUUGGGAACAGGGUAGUGGUAGUAGCAGGGGAGGAUGGUAAUUAUCAUUUAAAUACUUGCACAUUUGCUUGCCAAAGGUUUUGAGUGCUGUAGAAACUUUAUUUUGUUCUCUUGCACAGUUAGGUUCUGAAGCUGUAAUGCCUCCAUGAAAGACAAUGUUUAUAACCUGUAAUGCUUUUGCAUUUCGUACUGUGUGGAGCUCAGGAAAGCCCCGAGUUUCAUUUUCAGGCAGUAGGUGCACCGACUAGUGUGACGAAUUUUCUGUAAUUACAGUAACUGCUUUAUGUUCCUUUAAAGGUUAUGCAUAUAAUGUCCAGGAUUGAAGGAUUUAAUGUUUUCA